AUGGAUUUUUCAAGAAGAUCGAUACAGAGAUAUUAUAGAGAUGAAAGCAUGCCAUCUCAUAUAAAAUCAUUUUCAGUAGAACUGCCAGAAGUUAUUUCUCCGAAGUCUUUUGCUGGUGCUAUGCUCAGCCAUAAAGAAGGGGAUUUAGAACCUUUAAAGGAUUUUAUGAAAAAACGAAAAAUGAUUCAGGCUAUGAUGUCGCCACAAGAUAUUUCGCUGAAUCAUGGAGAAAUUAGUCCUAUUGACAUUCAUACAAAAAUAUAUUUUGAAUGCAAAAAGAAAAAGAAAAAUAUGCAUAGGAAAAUAAUGAGGCUGAAGCUGCCAACGAUAUCUUACUUAAAAUAA